GUCUCCUUUCCCCCCCGCCGUCCCCCGUCCCUCCCCGUCCCGUUCCUACCCCUCCCUCGCGUCCGCCGCGCGUUGUCGUGCGUUCCUCUCGCUCGCUCGCCCGCCGCGAUCGGCCCGUCGUCGUUGUCUUCUCUCGCGUCAUCGUCAUGCACCUCCGUCGCGCCCGCUGGCGCCGACGUCGUUACGACGCUCGUUCAACUGGCGUGAGAUUUUAUUAAUCGAACUCUUACGAUGUGCACGAGCCGAAGCGGCCGCGGGAGAGAAGGAAGAAAGAGAGAGAGAGAGAGAGAGAGAGAGAGACGCUUCGCGUGCUUUCCACAAUGCGAUGUUCGAUGGGACUGUUGAAAUUUCUAGACAAUGAAAACCUGCUCGUAUCACUUCCCCACAUUGUUUACGAUUAUCCUACAAAAGUAAAUUUGAUUUUUCUUUGACGGAAUAUUUGUCGCGUACGUUCGAACCUUUCAAUUUCAAUUCAAUUAAGCCGGCUUUGAAAUACAAGGAUCCGUCGAUUAAAAAGGAGAAAACUGAGAAGCUCGACUUCGCAUUCGGAUUGUGCGACAUGUCUGAAUUAUAUCUUCUCUUUUCGUUCGCGGUCUUUCCGUGGGAAUGUAAACUCGCUUCUCUCCUUCCUGUUUUGGGCUCAAUUGCACACGGGCGAAAAUAAGUAGAAAAUGAAAAAAAAAAAAAGAGAAAGAUUCGGAACUAUUCCGUGUGCGUUACUUUGUGUAUACGAUACACAUCGUGUCGCGGCACAUCCGAGAUAGAUAGAAUUUCGAAAAACCAUUUUCGAAUCCAUUCCCCGGCACGGAAGAUCGCGGGAUAGAAUAGAGUCUUGCUCGAUUUUCAUUAAAAGUUUCUUAGCGUUACCGGUAUGUAUGGCGAGUUUUCCAACUUUGCCGGCGCCAUUCGCGGAAACUCCCUUCUAUGAACGGAGGAAGCGGUAAAAAGCUUCGCUCUCGCUUUACUGUUUCGCCGAAAGCAGUUUGUACGCGUUUCGAUAUACAUAUGUAACCCAGCAUUCAUAAUCGCUGCACAAAUUGCAUCACAAAAGCGUCCGCGCGGACAUUACGCUUGAAUAUCCUCCGUAAGAGGAGCGGGGAAUAAUUACGUGGCUAUACAGAUAAAAGUGUCCCCCCUCUUUGUCCCUCUCGCCUCCUCUUUCCUCCUUGAAUCAUCGAAGAUUAAUAUUCUUUUAAAAUGAGGAUUCGCAGUAAAGCGUCAAGAUUUCCCGUCGAAGGCAUCCAUUCCGUCCGGAUGCUAAAAAGAGAACGCUACAACGCGAUGUGCCUAUCCGAAGGAUAUCAUCACUUGAAUAAUGAAAAUAAACAACGAGAUAAAAGAGAUUAAAAUUAUAUCCAAGAAUACCUAUUGGAGGCUGCAUGGUCCAGGCUAUUAAGAGAAAGGGACAACGACGUCUAUCCAAAGGAUACCGCUCGCGGAUCCACGAUCUUUGAGAUUGAAAUCCAUGCAAAUGGGGCGGUCCACGUUUCACGUUGAACUAUUUUCUAGGGUUGGAGAGAGAAAGAGAGAGAGAGAGAGAGAGGGAGAGAGAAAUAAGUAAAUAAAUGAAGCCCGACAGAACGUCGUCGCCAAGACGGUGGUCGCCGAAUGACGCACGUCGAUAAAGUAUCGCAACGCCUCGGGGAUGAUCGUUACAAAAAUAGGGCAAAGAUCAAAGAGAAGAGAGACUAAGCGGUCAUCAUCCUUAAAUGGACGAAAGGAGCAUUAUCCCUUGCGGAAAAUCCAGUAUUUAUUAAUGUUAUUAACAAUAUUACCGAGACAUAUAACAAUAUUAUCGAAGGAAAAAAUGAGACUUCGACCCUUCAUUGGUUAAUGGACUCGGAUCGUAUAAUAGACAUUUCAAGAAUACUUUUGUCGCUUUUUCGAAUUGGAAUUUUUUUGUUGUUAAUUGGUAGAGAGUAAAAAUUUCUUCUCGUUGAGAUAAAAUCCUAAUUUAUACAAUUUUACUUCCUUCCCAUAAUAUUUAUUAUAAUUAAAACUCUGAUCUUUAAAAGAUACCAUUGAUAAUUCAAGUUUCUAAAAUAGUAAACGGAGAAUCAAUAAAAUCGCAUUUAAUUUCUCUCGUAUUCGUUUUUUUAUCAUAUCUGGCGUUAAUAAUACUUGACUUUUAUUUAUAGAGAUUAUAGACAAAAUAUUUAUAAACAUAAAUAAAAAUAUAUAAUCUAUAAGCUAACUUUAUAUCGCGAGAUAUGCGUAGAACUAUAAGAGACCGAGCUUACACGAGUCGAAAUGAGGGAUAAGCUAAACAUAAAAGUUUAACAGUAUAAAUUGUGUAUGAUCUUCAUUCAUAUUUUACACCGCAGCUAAUUAUAUUCUUACCCCUUGCGUGACUCGAUGCUACAUACACAUACAUAUAUAAAAACACGUACAUUAUCACACGAAACUGUCGCGAGGUAUUUCGUGGCUCAGUAAAAUACGCCAUAUACCUCGCGAGUAAAUAAUUGCGUAAUAAUGUUCAUUGUUCAAAAAGGGACGAGGAAAAUUGUCGCGCAUAUAUAUACAUAUGUACAACGCGCAUCGCUCCGUCGUUUGUUACGCAUACUUGGCCGGAGCAUACGAAAGUUGUUGUAAUACCACUUUGCCAUUCACUCCCGCGCGUCGGCUGUUUAACUUUCAUCAGUGGCCUGAUACCUUUGUGGUAUAUCAUCUGCAAGUAUUAGCAUCGAAUUGAAUCUACGUCAAUGCCUGAAACUGCGCGUUCUUUGGGCGGCGCGGCGACGGGCGCGGGUACACACGUAACACGCGCGAUACAUCCGCGAAAAUUUCCGCGACUCUUUACACCCCAACACUUUUUUCACCUCUUUUUCCGUUUCCAUAUUCAUCGAUCGUCCCUCUCUCGACUCCGCGGAACGUUCUUUCUCUUUCUCUCUCUGUCUCUCUCCCCGUCGAUUACGCUUUUUUCCUUUAUCGUUUUUCGUCGAUUUUCAACCGACUGCCAUACGGCGACGAUGCGGCGAUGGCGACGACGACAACGACGACGCGGUGACGAUGUAAUGUCCUUAACAUCGAUUUUCCGCGGCGAACGCUAAAAUAACUGACGUGGCUUCUCGCACACGCACAGCACAGGACCAAUUCCUCCCCCCCCCUCCUCCCCCUUCGCGGCAGCGCGUACUCUUGCGAGUUUGUUGUCUUACUCCGGAAUUUUGGUCGCUCGAGUAUACAAGAGAAGAUCAACGUCAAUAGGGAGUCGUUUUUUCGCAAAUAUAUUCAUUCCUUCUCCCCUUUUCCGGCGGAAAUUCCAGUCCAGAGUACGCUCCUUCUCUCUCAUUACUCGCUUCAAGUCGAGUACUUUUCAUUAUCAAAGUUAAGGACACGUCGAGAACGAUAUUCUCUCUCUCUCUCUCUCUCUCUCUCUCUCUCUCUCUCUCUCUCUCUCUCUCUCUCUCUCUCGCAGAGCAUAAAAUGAAACGAGAUAAAAUCAUUCGCAGCGAAACGUUUGCCUCUUUAGCUGAGUCUCUCAAUGACGCAUCCACCCUUCGAUAGACGCGGCCAAGCCCUUUACCGAGCAAGGACGAGUUUCUCUCUCUCUCUCUCUCUCUCUCUCUCUCUCUUUCUCUUUCUCUUUCUCCAAGCAAAGCUAAACGUCAACGUCGGUGCGAUUCGUGACGGCGGCGAGUAAAACUUCGAGACUGAAUUACCUCAUUUAGUUUUCUCAGCGCACCUAUUGUCGUGGCACUGAGCGGAUGACCGGUCGGCCAGCCGACCGACCGACCGAUGCGAACUUUGCCAAUUGGAAUAUUUAAAGCCCCAGUGCACGAAGAGAAAGAGAGAGAGAGAGAGAGAGAGAGAGAGAGUGAGCAUUAACUACCAACCGAGCUCGAAAGUAAUUUUGAGGCUUCCCUUGCAAUAUGCACGAGGGGAUAGGGCCGCCUCUGUGCGCGCUUUUGUACACUCUCGACCCUCGGCUAUUCAUGAGUAGCCACGGUCUCGAGUAAUCGUCCUACAACGACGUCCUUUCCCCUCCCCCUUUCCCCUCAAAAGCCUUGUAAGAGAGAUAUUGACGUCUGACGGCACGGAGAUCGAUCGAUCGCCGAUAAAUCACCCGGCGACCUGCCGACAUAUCUCGCGUCUCUGAAUCCCGUCCUAAUUUUUCGAUCCUCUUCUAAUUGUCGAAACGACCGAAAUUCAGAAUUAGACGUUCGCAUUUAGCGACGAGAGAGGGUGAGAGGGAGAGAGACCGCGUUGGGAAUACGGCGCCUUGUUAUCCGACAGGGAAGUUAACGUCAGUUAUUUUAACCGAAUUCGAUCAGCGUCAGUCUCACGUUUGAUUCCGGGGGGGAGGGGGAUCUUGUUUGUAUCAUUGAUGUCGACCCGCUAUCGCAGCCAGAAACGCAGCAGUCAGCUGCAUAUAAAAUUUAUAUAUUGCGGAUUUGACAUUUUCGGGGAAAUUUAGCGUUUAUUUUCACCGAUAGCUAUCCCGGCGGAAAAUCAAGCGACAGAUUGCCGCUGUUGAUCCUUCUUUAUUUUCAGAAAGUCGCCAAAUAGAGAGGCGGGCGAAAUGUCGCGACGUGAUAUGUAGCGAGUUGGAACGAUCUAGGUACUUUAGAUUUCACAUUUGCGGAGGUACUGUUCACAUUAAUUUGGUAUCUUGAGCUGCUCAGGACGCUAAGUCAAUAUUAUGUUAUACAGCAAAUUUGCUUUUAACAGUCCACGACGACGGCGUACGACGGCUGAAUUAAGUAGGUUCCAUUGAACGUGGAAAAUCAGAGAGAAACGAAGUGCAUCGCAGCGCGCGAGGGAGGCAGGGCGGAAGGGAAAGAGGGGGAAAAAAAGGUCAGGGAAGAAGAAGAUCGGAGCUGCGCGUACACACGCGGCUUAACUCCGCGAAUCGCGGUGCUUUACGACCGCCGUGGCUAUAAAGUUCCCGCUAAUUCCGCCCUGCAAACUUUUUUCUCGCGAGAGGUGCACGAAGACGGACAAAAAUAUCGUCGCGAAAGUUCCCUUUGAUAAGCGCGCGUCUCGAGGAGGGCGCGUGAAGAAGCGCCGCCGCCGCCGCCGCCGCCGCCUCCCACUGCUGCUGAAGGGCGAAGUUAAUCUCGCGAGAGGUGAGAUUUUGACGGAUAAAAACGGGAGAAACCUCGGGGGUAACGGCCGGCGAGCCAGCGCAGCUUUCACGAGAGAUAUCUUUGUUUUCGUUCGCGAACGGCGAACGAGGAUACUCGCGAGUGUGUUUUAAACUGUUUAAUCGUUCGCCCGUGCGAACUUUUGCCGAUUUAGCAACGGCCAGAUUACAUCGUUGUGCAAAUUGCUACGACGGUAGCUGAAGAAAAAAGAAUAUCGCCCCCUCUUUUCGCAAAUGAUACGGUAGUCGAGGCGGAGAUUCCGAAUUGAUCUGUAAAGCGGUGGAGGAUAAGUCGGUGUCGCGCAGCGAGUAAAGUUUGAGGCCAGAACCGGAAAUCGCGGAGACAACCGAGCCGGAGCCCCCGAAACAGGUGUCCUUGCUCACCGGCGAACCUUAUGGACCCCGAGUUCGUAUUAUCAGCGAAAAAGCCGAGGAGGAGAGCUCGGACGACGAGCCGGAGUCCGAGAGCGAGGAAGAGACCAGGUAUAUUCAGGAAGAUCACCCAGAAGUACCCUCCGAAUUCUGGCACAUACAAAAGCUCAUCAAGUACAUGAAAGCCGGCAAUCAGACUGCUACCAUGGUAUCCUUGUGUCUAUUAAAGGAUUACGAUCUCACCGACAAGAUCAUACAGAAGGCUAUCCAAGAAAUGGGCGGUCUCGAAGUCCUAGUGAACCUCCUCGAAACGAACGACAUCAAGUGUCAGAACGGCUCGUUAUCGGUCCUACUGCAAAUCGCGACUUCCACGGAGAUGAAGCGAUAUUUAAUCGACUUGGACAUCACGACGCCAUUGAUCCAAAUGCUGAAGCAUCCCGCGAGAGAUAUCCAGGUUUUGGCAGCCGAAACAAUGGCCAUUAUAGCACGAGUCAGGAAGGCUAGAAAACAAAUCAGAAUUCGCGGUGGAAUACCGCUCAUAUUAGACGUAAUGGAUGUGCCGGACGAAGUUCUUCGCCGGCCAUACGACGAACUGAGCGAGGCUAGCAAAGAGCUCGUUGCCGUCGCCACAGGUUGCGCCAAGGUUUUAGAUUCCUUAGGCAGCAGUCCAAAGGUCAAGGAGCAGCUUCGCAAGCACGGUGUCGUUCGUUUGAUGUCGCGUUUUUUGAGAUCGAAACACACUCGACUGAUUAUACCCAUGAUGGGCGUCGUGCAGCAGUGCGCUGAUCUGAAUGUUUUCAGAGAAGCGUUUGAGCGAGUAGGCAUCAUCGACGACUUGGUGCGACAUUUGAAGAACGACAACGUAAAGUUAAAGGAGAACUCUGCCCUAGCCAUCUUCAAAUGCGCUUCGAAUAAGGAAACUCGAACGAUGGUGCGUCGAGCCGGCGGUUUGGACCCACUUUGUAAACUUGUGCAAAGUGACGAAGUGCACGCCAACAAACGUCUGUUGGCCGCAGUCACCGGCGGCGUCUGGAAGUGCGCCAUCAGUCCGGAAAAUAUAACGAGAUUCAAUCAGAACGGUUUGGUAGCAUCGCUGGUGCCUCUGCUCGAGGAAAACGAGGAUGAACGGGUAUUGGCCAACGUCGUGGGUGCCCUCGCCGAGUGCUGUAAGGAUCCUGUUAACAGGGACGUCUUGAGGGAUAACGAAGGCUUACCGAAACUGAUUAGACUAUUGAGCGCCACGUACGAGCCAUUACUGGAGAACGUGCCACUGGUGCUGAAAGAGUGCGCCCUCGAUGAGAGAUGCAUGGAUAUUAUCAACGAUCCAGAGCAUCGACUGGACGGCGUGCGAUUAGUCUGGUCCCUCUUGAAGCACUCCAGCGAUGUGAUCAAGCGUAACGCCUGUCUCGCUCUGGUAUCUUGCAUCCGGCACGCCAAGGACUCACCGGAAAUGGUGCGCGCCUUCGUGGGCGGCUUGGAGCUCACGGUCAGUCUCCUAGAAAGCAAGGAUACAGAAGUGCUCAGUGCAGUCUGCGCCAUGAUCGCGGAGAUCGCUACCGACCCUGAGAACCUAGGCAUCCUUACGGAUCACGGCGUCGUGAGGAAAUUGGCCGCCCUCGUGGAAACUAACGACGAGAAUUUGCGUGCUAAUCUAACGUUGGCGAUAGCAUAUUGCUGCGACUGGGAUCGGAACAGUUACGAAUUCGGUAAAUUAAACGCCGUCGCGCCGCUCGUUAAUUAUAUGACGAGUAAAAACAAAUACGUGUUGAAGGGUGUUUGCAUUGCUGUGUACCAUUUGAGCAAGGAACCCUUAAAUUGCGUGACCAUGCACACUUGCGGUGUUAUCAAGCACGUAUUACGCUUGGUGGGCUCGGACGAUCCAGAGGUACAGAUCGCAGCUGCAUCCACUAUUCGUCACAUAAGAAAGCUUGCGCUGACGGCCGAGAAAUUCCACUUCAACGAAAUGAGCUCGUUACCAGAGAUUGAUUACCGUUUGUGAUCGAUCAAUAAUCGGCGAAAGAGAGAAGAGGGGAAGAAAAGGAAGUGUAUAAAAUAAAAACAUUUAUUGUGGUGCGUGUAUGGUGACUUAUAAUUUUUGUCAAUAUCUCUAAAUUUACAAUUUUAAAACCCGUAAUAUUCCUCUCUCGGCAACAACUGGUAACACCAUAUGUAUAUUAAAAACUUUAAGAGUGACAGAAAAAGAUAUAGAAAAAUUGUCCUUCGAGAUUCAUUUCAUAGAAUUCACAAAUGGAACAACGAUCGGUGAAACUUGAUCGGAUACGUGAUUAUAAUUAACUAUUAAGUUGUACAAGACGGUUUAUAAUUUGAGCAAUAUACAAUAUCUUAAGCUUGUGUCCUAUAUUUCAAAAAGCGAGAAAUUAUUCAAGCUAUCGGUAGAGGUAUACUAUAAACAUAAAAGGACAAUCGCAUGCAAAUUAAGAUGCAAUUUCACAUAUAUAUAAUGUACAAAUUUAAGCUAAUUGUGCGUGUCGUUUCAUUGACGACUCGUGUACUAACUAGAAGGCAAUAAUUCCUGAUAGGUUUUAAAAGUUCGCCUUAUCGCGAUACAACAAUGAGAUGGCAACAUUUGCAGUCUGCAAAGAUCAAUUCAAAUUCUUAGAUUAGAUUUAACUACGUAUCUGAAUACAUGUAGCUUCUGGUUAUCAUAUAUCGAUUAUUAUCUUCGAUAUUUUUUUCAUCCUUACUUAUUUAAAUCAUCCUUACUGUAGAUAAGAAAUCCUAAUAUAUAAGAAAUUUAGUUUCUUAUCAACAAUGCCUCAUAAA